GUUUCUCCAUAGCUGUCAUUGACAGAGCAUAGCUGCCACUAACAUGGAUGAGCACAGCACAGCAUUAGCUCUGGGUGUGUUUAUACUGGCACAGACCUGCUUUGCAGGACCCACCUCAGAGACCUAUCCUGGAACCUGCAGGCUGGUCUGUGACCCUUACCAAGCCCAGGGAGGCUCUCACAGCCUGGGCGUCAACGGGAUCGUCAUCCCCCUCUCAUCUGGUGGUGGCGGUGCUGGAGGCUUACCAGGCCCUGCGGGGCCCCCAGGAAAGGCAGGCCCCCCUGGGCCCCCUGGCUCCACUGGGCAAGGUGUGUCCAAAGGUGGAGCGGUGGCUUUCUACGCGGCACUGAAGCAGGAGUUUGGCAAAGACGCCGUCCUGAAGUUCACCGAUGUUGUGACUAACGUCGGCGGGGCCUACAGCUCCUCGACGGGGAAGUUCACCAGCCCCAGGCCCGGCGUCUACCACUUCAGCUUCAACAUCCUGAAGGCGGGCCAGCGCAUUCUGGUUGAGCUGGUGUCUGGUGGCCAGGUGGUGGCGACUGGAGUCGCUCUCGACAUGCUGCACACCGACUCGGCCAGCGGCAGUGCCGUUCUGCAGCUCGCCAGAGGGGAUCAGGUGUUCCUGCGGCUCUCCGGCAGUGACAAGACCAUGGUGGACUCGGGCAAACGCUUUAGCACCUUCACGGGCUACCUGCUUCACGAGCUUUGAUGGCCGGGGCCACGCCUGUUAGCAGAAACAUACAAACAGCUGACCGCUCAGUUUGGGCCAUAGUUUUUUCAUACAUGUUACAAACCAAUGGGAAAAAGCAUAGUCUUUGUCAUACAUGAUACAAAUCAACAGGAAUAAGAAUAAAAUGUUGUUGUAAAUGUUGAAUGAUGCCACACUAGAGAGAAGUAGGCUGUAGACACAAAGGCUUUUGCUUAACCCAUACAAGUCCAAAGACUACAUUUAUAAAGUGAAAUAAGAUUUUAGCAAAAGCAUUCACUCAAUUUUUUGUGCUAAGCCAAGCUUAAAGAACAUGUGCACCGAGGUAAAAGUAAUGUUACGUUACAGACUUGGUUUAAGCAUCAGCGUCUUAUGCUGAUAGUUGUGUUCUUCCAUGGGUAAAGCCUUUCUGAUGUAAACAGCAGAGCACAAAUUCAGGCAUGGCCUUGAUAUCUACCAGUCAGAGCUUCUGUCAUUGAUGAGAAUUCAGGAUGGACUAUUAAAAGCACACACGCACACACACAAACACACUCAUACACGCUCUCACACACACACACACACACACAAACACACACACACACACACACACACACACACACUCACACACACACACUCAAGGCUAUAGGCUAUAUGAACGCUAUGGCAUAACAUUGUCAGACAGACGUCUUGCAGACUUUGGACCUUAUUUGAAACAGGAAUUUUGUAUAUGACCUGUCUGGCUCAAGCUGUCAUUCCCUGCAGGGGAAGAUUUUCCCCAUUUCUUUCAUGUAUAAAUUCUCCUGCUCCUUGAUACCAGCUGUAUUCAUGUGAAAUUGCUCUCCUGAUGGCUCCACUGUGCUGUUUGUAGAUUUAUCGUCUUCUCUUUCGAACCUCCUCUGUCUUGUCUUCCUGCUGGCAUUGCAAACACCAGAUGAACAGCAGUUCUGCACUAUGUGAAAUAUCCAUUAAAAAACAGUCAACAUUGCCAGCA